AUGUCAUCCAAGGAACAGCUUGUAGGCAACUUGAAUACCCUUACCAAUCAAAAUCCUAAUUUACAUAUAACACAAGGAAGUAUUGUCAACAAUAAUCCGAAUACUGAUAUUGUAGACACUUCAAGUGUUUCCACUUCCAGCACUAAUUCCACAUCCGUAUCCAUACGAAACAAAAAUACCAAUAAUAAUGAUAAUAGUAAUAGUAGUUCUCCUUUUAGUAAUGCUUCCGUCUCUCAAUCACCAGUGGACCCCUUUUUUAAAAUAUAUUCCCAAAAAUAUACAAGAAUCAACAAUAAUGAUUUUUCUCCAAAUAGUGUUAGUUUUUCACCUGUUUUGGUACCUGGAGAUACCAAAACCUGUACCAGCAAUAGAAACGACAGUGACAAUACUGCCACUAUUUUUACUGAUAUUACUACUGUUUCCCAACCAAAUAGUACAAAGUUUGGCAUACCAAAGAAUACAAUGUUUGGCGUACCAAAUAGUAAAAAAAUUAUAGAUUUAACUAGCACAGAUAUUUAUGAAAAAUAUGAUUUGGAAAUCAUAGAUUCAUUAGCAAAUUUGCAUAAUGCGAUAGCAGAGUAUACUCCCGGAAAACAAUUAUUUCUUAAUUUGGUUCACCAAGGAAUGAUUUGUAAUAAAAUUACAACUAAUAAAUUAUCUUUACCUACUACCACAACAAUGAUCGAUUUAUCUUUUCCCAGCACAUUAUUAAAGAGACCAAAUUGUUCACUUGAGAAAUUGAUUUCUACUUUAAAUUCCGAACAGCAAGCCGUAUUUCAGAAACAAAUAAAUCAAUGUAACAUUUUCAUUUUUACAGAGGAUUACCAAACCGGGUGUAAAGAAAACACUAAGUCCACUUUUUGUGCAAUAAACACCUUUCAACUCAUCAAUAAAUUCAUACGUUAUUUAUCACAAGAAAAAUAUAACAAUAGUGUGUCAUCAUACAAAAUCAUAUAUUAUCAAAACAAUCAACCAGACAUAGCUGCUAACAUUACAAAUGCUUUACAAUCAGAUAAAAAUACCAAUGUUACUACGUUAUUGCAUAAAAAUAAUGGUAAUGAUAAUAAUAAAAUUAAUUUAAAGUUACAAAUACCAUGGGAUAACAGGAACACUAACAAUAAAAAUAAAAACUAUACAUUUCAUACACAAGUUAAUAAUAACAAUAACAACAACAACAACAACAACAACAACAAUAAUAAUAAUUCUUUAACAACGACAUUAAUUAAUACGAAUGUUUCUAACAAUUUUAGCAAAUUUUUCAAAAAAGAUACCCUGCAUUAUUCACCACAAAGUUUGCAAAAAUAUUUUGAAUUCCACAUUCCACAACUUUUUCAAAAAAUUCGAACUGAAAAGAAAUUGAGAAGAUCAUUUGAAUCCAAUAGGGAGGAUUCUAAUGAAUCUAUAGACACAAUUAUUAAGACUACUAAAUUACCUCGUUGGUUGUUACCAUUUUUAUAUAAAACCGAAACUGAAAUUUUGUUAUAUUUGCUAGAUAAAUAUGAAAUUUUGGAAAAAUUGGAAGAUGAAAGAUUGGAAAAAUGUUUAAAUCCUAUGGGUUCAGGUAAAAAGUCUGAUAAUGAAAACAAUUACAACGAAAAUAUCAACAAUAGAGUUAAUUUGAAAAGAUUAUAUUCUUUGAGAAGUUUACAAAAGGAAAAAAGAUUAAAAAAAGUUCAAAUAAAUAACAGCAAUGACACUGGCAGUGACCAAUCUACAGCAACUACACCGAGAACAUCAAAAAUUUCACCCUUUUCUGAUGAGGAAGACUCUAACCCAGCAGAAUUAAUGUUAAUAAGUAAGGUCUCUUCUAAUUUAUCAGGCAAAAAAGAAGAUAUUGUUGACGUAUUAAAUAACCAAACAAAAAUAGAUAAUAAUUCAGUAGAGGAUGAUUGCUCAUCAUCUUCUUUGGAGACCCCGCUAGAUUCAUACUUGUUAACAGAAGGCAUAAUAUUUUUUAAUAAAAAUAGGUAUAGCAAUAUUUUACCAUAUGAACAUUCAAGAGUUAAGCUAAGGAGAUCCCCAAACAUGACAACAAGCUCAUCUCCAUCAUGCAGUACCCAAUCGAACAACAAUAAUAUCAUCAGUAGUACCGGCAUCAAUGGUGGCAGUAGCAGUAGCAGUAGCAGUGAUAAUUCUGGCAGCAAAAAUAGUGAUAUUAGUAACAGUGGCAAUAAUAACGCAUAUUUUAAAGCCAGGCAUAAUGCUAAUAGUGCUGGAUUCAACGAUUAUUUUAAUGCCAAUUAUUUGCAGAUACCAUUGAUAAAUCCAUAUUAUAAUUAUAUAGCAACUCAAGCACCAUUGCCGUCCACUUUUGAUGAUUUUUGGAACGUAGUUCUUUCAAAUAACGCCAAAAUUAUUAUCUCGUUAAACUCUAAUGAUGAAUUGGAUUUGAGAAAAUGGGACAUGUAUUGGAAUACAGUAUCAUUAACCAAGUAUGAUGUUGAGGUAACUGAAUGUUGGGAAAACGUUGCGAAUAUCGAAGGAUGUAUUUUAAGAGUUUUUAAAGUUACCAGAAAGACCAAGCAUUACAACGAUGAGCUGGAGGAUAAAGACCACAUUGUUUAUCAAUUACAGUAUACAAAAUGGCUAGAUUCAUGUUCCAUUGUGAGUAAAGAAAUAUUAAAAUUGUACAAUGUUAAAAAAUUGUUACAAAAGGACGAAUUGAAAUUUAUGGAAAACAUUAGGAGAUAUAAAAAUAACCAUGAAUUCAGCGAUUUAAUUUUCAAAAAAAAAACAUUUGACCGUAAUAGUAGUAGUACUUCAAUUUAUUUAAACAAUUUUGAUCAUGCUGGUAAUGGUGCCAUCACUGAUGAUAAUAAUAACACAAAUACUGUUACCGUAAGUGCACCUCAUACAAAAAAUUCACCUCUGUUGGUUCAUUGUUCUGCUGGAUGCGGAAGGACUGGUGUUUUUGUCACUAUUGAUUACAUCUUGAACUUGUUUUCCAAUUCUCAAGAAGAAACAUUGAUAGACAUUUGGAAUUUGCAGGUGGACUUAAUUUUCAUUAUUGUUAAUGAAUUGAGAAGACAGAGAAUAUCAAUGGUUCAAAAUUUAACUCAGUAUAUAACUUGUUAUGAAACUGUGUUAGAAUAUUUCGCCCAAGAAAGCGCAUCAUAA